AUGGAUGCUAUAGUACCAAAAUCAUUUGACAAAGUUUUGUUUUUUACGACCUCUAAAGAGUCAAGAAGCAAAGGAAGUCGCAAUAGAGAUUUUGAAGAUAUUUUUAGAAGUUGGUUGUCCCAAUAUCUUUCAGAGCGACAAUGGACGGAAGUUCACGGCAUCAGUAUUGAAAGAAAUUGUUGGCUUAUGGCCAGUUUGCAAAAUUGUGAAUGGAAGACCCAGAUAUCCCCAAAGUCAGGGAAGUCUAGAACGAUCAAACCAAGACGUGAAGAAUAUGAUUCGGGCUUGGAUGGUAGAUAA